AAUACAAAGAUACUCUCUCAUCUCUGAAAUUCGGAGUUUACUAAGUUCGUUUCUUCACAAGGUGCUUUAAUAUCACCAAGGAGAGGGAAAAUGGCAGAGGCUGUAAAUUCGCCAGGGAGAGGUUUUUUCAAAGAAGUUGAGUUCUCAUUAACAAGCGAAAUGGAUGUGAGAAGUGCAAGUUUCCAUCCAAUCGAUCCUGUUCUGGCGUGCGGCUUAGUAAGAGGAGGAUUAGUUUUCCUUCGCGGAUCUAAUCACACCAUGCCGUUUGAAGAUUGGGAGAUUGAAACCAAACGAUACCGAUAUGCAAGGACAAUUUUAGUCGUCCAAUGGAACACCGAUGGAACUAAAGUAGCUGCUGGCUCCGAUGAUGGCACUGUCAUCAUUUGGUCUUAUCCAGGGGACGGCAAACAAGUAUUUCGGAGAAUUGGACGAUCAAAUUUCCCAUUAAUUAUUUGGAAUCCAUUUAACCGAGAUAUGUUGGCUAGUUAUAACAAUGCGGUGGACACCAAACAGGUGAUGAUUGCCAAUUCGACUACUGAAAACCCCCUCACCCAUACCAUCAAAUUAAUCUUCAACUGUCAUACCGUGGCCUGGAACUCGCACAAUCAACUCGCCUGUGGUUAUGACGAUGGGACGUUUGAAAUUCACGAAAUAAAAUUGAAUAAUAGUCAAAUGAAAAGCCGAAUAGUCCAGAAAAUCAGACACGACCUGGAUGAUGAUGGGCCUAAAAGAUACUUUUUUAUUAAUGACUUCCAAAUGAAAACACAAAAUUUUGUAACGAGUAUCGCCAGGAACGAAAAAUUGAAUCUUUUGGCUUCAGGUGGAAUAGACCGACGAGUCAAGAUUUGGUCGUUGGGCAGUAACGAUCCCAUCCUUGUGCUAGAGCUCGAUUCGAGUUGUAGAAAUUUGGUGUGGAGUUCCGACAUCGAGGACAACACGACGAGAAAAACUUUUAUUGCAUGCGGAUUAGAAAAUGGAAACGUUGUGAUUUGGUAUCCGUUUGAACGUGAAAAUCAGACACGAAAACUAACAGGACAUGAUCAGAUUUAUCAAUUAUUACUUUCACCCGACGGGCGCUAUCUCGCCUCAACUGACUAUCACAUGAAAUUGAUUAUCUGGUCUACCAAGAGUUGGAGGAGUGUGUACAUUUUACCCCCAUCCGGGUAUACGUAUCCAUACGUGAUGACAUGGGACGUGGCUAGUUGCAAGUUAGGAAUUUCAGAACGAAUUGGCGUUAGACAGUUCAAAGUGAUUGAAUACGUCGAUGCUGAAAAAUGCUGUGCUGGUUGCAAGAAAACUUCUCAAAAUCUGAAACGUUGCGCCCGCUGCAGUUCAAUCUUCUAUUGCGGCAGGGAAUGUCAGCGUUCACACUGGCCCCAACACAAACUUGUUUGCAAUCAAAAUGAAUAAGUUUGGCCGAAUUUCA